CUUUAUAGGAAAAUGCAAUAAAAAUUUCGUAGUUCCCGUUGUUUUAUUUGGAUUAUUUUCUUCUCGCAGCCGUGAUACCUAUUCAGCUUCCAACAUUGCGACAAAGAGUUGCCAGUACUCAAGGAGCCGAUAAUAACAGCUGUGAAUCGAAUUGCCGAGUGAUUUGAAGUUCAUAGCAAUUACUUAGAAAUAUUACAUCAUUAGACAAUCUCUGCGCCAAAAUGAGUAAUGAUGAUAAUAAGUAUUAAAUUAGAAAAUCAAUUUACAAAGAAAAGCUAUAAAUAUACAGUUUGAUGAGAUAUAUUACCACUAAAAGAAUUGAAGUCGCCAACAAUGAAGCCUCAUUUUUUAAUGUUUUUUGUGUCCUACCCGCUACUUUGCCAGAGUAUUUUAAGGAUUCCUCUAAAAAAGUUGCCGAGAGAGUCCCACCGUCUUUCUCCACAUAAAGCAGUUAAUAGAUGGAAACGAGAAGAACCUGAAAAUGAAAAACCGGUGUUCGUCUAUGAUUCCGCAACUUAUGGGAUGGUUGGCAUAGGCACACCGAUUCAAGAAAUCCCGUUAAUGUUUGACACCUUUGGGAAUGAAACGUGGGUGUUUGAAAGUGACUGUACUAUAAAAAUAUGCUUCGUUACCAAUACGUUCAAGUUCUCGAAGUCAAGUACGUUCAACUAUUUGGGUGUUGUAAAACAGAAGUAUUACAAGGAAUUUUUAUUACGAGGAGCUGCCACCACCGACACAUUUAUAUUUGGAAAUUUUAAAAUGGACAACGUAACAUUUAUAGGGGUUCAGGAUAUAGACUGGACUGCAUCAGUUGAAAGAGCACACACUGAGAGUGUCGCUGGCAUAAUACAUCUUCGACCGUCGGCAAUGACUGGAAGUACUGAUUUUUUGGAGAAAAUGUAUUCGGAAAAAAUCAUCGAGGAGAAAAUUUUUGGAAUUAAGGUACCAAGUUAUAAGGAUAAUAACGUGGAUGGAGAAAUAACUAUAGGAGAAUGGAAUCGUCAGUACGUGAACGAAAGUGCAAUUAACUGGAUUCCAUUAACUUCAGGUUCUAGCUGGGAGUUUCACGUGCAGAAAUUGGUUUAUGGAACUUUUGGCCUUCUGGAGGAGGGCAAGGCAAUCGUCGAUACCGGAUUGUCGCUUUUGGUGGGACCGGAAGAGAUCGUCCAGAAAUUGUUUAUGGCCCUCAAUAUCACUCUAACUAUCAACCCAAUAACAGUCACAUCGUUUUUGUCAGAUUACGAUAGCUUUACGGUGAAAUGCUCAGACAAACUUCCAUAUUUCAAUUUCCUCAUUCAUGAUAACCAUUACGUUCUGACGCCUAAUGACUAUUUACUGCCGAUGCCCGACAAUAAGGAUUUGUGCGUAUUUGGCUUUGCGUCAUCGAAACACAUAAAGACAAAAGCUUGGAGAUUAGGAGAUGUAUUUUUGUCCAAGUUUUACAUGAUAGGCGAUGGUAAAAAUUCGCGUUUGUCUUUCAAUGAUUAUGUUCUUUAAAGAUUUAUGUGUUUUCUUAUCUUUCUAAACAAUAAAACUGAUAUAACAAUGGGCCAAUUUUGUUUGAAA